UGCCUAUAAUCUAAUUUUUUCAGUACAGCUAUGGCAGAUAAUUUAAUAUUUACUGUACAAUACACGACUGAUAAGUCAUGCUCGGUUCAGGCGGAUUUAACAAAUUGGAGAAACACUCAUUUAAACCGAGACAACCUGGUUGAUUUUGAUGUGUUGAAACUUAGUGUGGAUUCUAAAAAUGUUGGGUAUUUCAAUCUUUCAUAUUUCUCAAGAUCUACAUCCCAUCUAAGUGAUGCUCUUUUUAUCAAUGGACUUUACGCUUCCAAAAUUGGAUUUAAUAACAACAUGAAAGUUUCUGCUGAGAUUUUAAGAAAUGUGGAUGUUUGUGUCAGAGCAUGGUUGGAACCAAUUUCUGUUGAUGAUUGGGAAAUCCUUGAACUUCAUGCAGAACAGGUGGAGAUGAGUCUACUUGAUCAGACAAGAGUGCUAUGGCCUGGUCAAGUGUUUCCAUUGUGGGUGAGCGGAAAUGUUUGUAUUUAUUUGAGGACAGUUUCUCUUGAACCUAAUUCUCAAUGUGGAAUAUUAAUGCCAUUAACCGAACUGAUUAUUGAGCCAAAAAUCAAUCGAAAACAGGAGUCGAAGAUCGAAUCUCACAGGUUAAAAACAACUAUUGUGAGUGACAAAAGUAUAUUUGAACAUGAAAAUGUAUCACCAAGCAACAAAGACUGUAUUAAUACCAUGUCGUCUUCUAAUGUAUUGAAAACGUCGGAAACAACACGGAAAAGUUUAUUUCGGCGAUUUCUUCGUUUGCCACUUAUUCGCAAAUUGGUUCAAUUUAUAUCAUACAUAUUUUACAUAUUGUGGCAUAGACUUCUUCCAGCAAUAACCAUGCCUUUCAAUAUAUUCAAAAUUUCUUCAGCAGUGGAAGACAAAAAAUCUUCAUUGAAUCAAAGUGAAAAUGUUCUAGAUUGCAUCAAGGAUUUCCCUGAUAAACUUAACUUGGUUCUGCGAAUUUUACCCAUGAACAAUGCAAAAAAGAAUAAUUCGCUCAUUACCUCUUAUGAUCAAGCUGGAUUUGUUUUGCUUGAUUCUAUAUCGGAUGAGCAAAAGUGCAAUUGUAGUGACAGAGGACUUCAGGAUAAAUGCUAUUGUAAAAGUGAAAGCGAACUUGAUUUUGGUUUCUUUCUUGUAAGUUUGAAAGAAUUGACAAUGCGGAAAGAAAGCGACAAUAAUGAUAGCAAUAUAACUUCAGCAGCUGAAUCAAAACAAUCUACUGAAGCAGUGGUUCGUCUUUGUGUUCAGUCGAUGAGUAAAUUUGCGAUGAUUUUUCGAGAUGGUGAAAUUACUGAGGAGUAUUCACAAUCUUUAAAAAUGUCAUCUGUAUUGAGACGUCAGUUAGGUAUCGACAUUUCAUCUAAAGUUUGUUUAAAAAAAUUGAAAAAUAUUCCAAAGCCUGCUAGCAUGAAUAUAAAAAGGAUUGUCAUCCGAGUACUGGAUGCACUGGAACUGCCAUAUGCUAUUACUGCAGAUGAUUUGAAAAUGUCUUUUGAACGAUGGCUUGACGCAGUUACUAGCAAAGAACAUCCUCUACCGAUAGUCAUUGGGAGUAUUUUCCAUGUUCCAUUUCGUAAAUUUUUGUCACCAUCAGAUCAAGCCAUUAGCAGUGAUGAAGUAAAUAUAGAACUUUUCAUGGAAAAAAUAUUUGUCGCUGAUGACAAAGUAUCGUCAGAAUAUUUUUUGAUCAACGCUGAUGAUUUAUCAUCUAUUGAGUUGCAGUUUGUUCUCUCUCAAUCAAACAAAGAUACAGCAUUAAAAAGUUUGAGUGACGUUGACCCUAAAAUACCCCAUGAAAGUGCAGAACGACUUUUAUUGUGUCAUCAAGAUAUCAUUUCAUGUUGUCUGAAGCACUCAGAGGCCGUGUUUGAAAAUAGACCGAUGCCGACUAAACUAUUUAGAAAUAGCAAACCUAUUCACCCUGGCUGUGUUCUGCUAACGGGUCCAAGUGGAGUUGGUAAAACCACACUUUGCAAGGCUUUGCUAAGGAAGAUUGCUGUUUCAAAUGUCCAUGCCUAUGUUCAAUGGUUGUCUUGUUCAAAUUUGAGAGGCAAAAAACCAGAAACAGUCAAAAAGUUACUUCAAAAUAUUACAAUGGAGCUAGAGUGGAGACAGCCAUCUGCGUUACUUCUCGAUGACAUUGAUACUCUUUUAUCAUCUUUUGAUUCACCAGAUGCAGACAGGUCUCCGAGUGCAACUUAUACUCUUCAGUUGGCAUCAGUAUUCAAAGAAACGCUUUCAACUUUAAACAAAGGUCGGAAUCGUAUAUUUAUCAUUGCAACUGCCAAUUCAGAGCAUGCUAUUCAUCCCCUAAUACUGCCAAGUCAUGGUUGCUACUUUUUUAGCAAAAUCAUGACUCUGCAACUUCCUGAUGCUGAUAAUCGUGCCAAGAUCUUACGUUCCAUACUACUGAAUGAUAUAGGUAUGAGCAGUAGAGCUGUUCGUAGGAUCAAUUUUGAUGAAAUUAUGCACGCUACAGAAGGAUUUUCAGCGAAAGAUUUUAUACAAUUGACAAAAAGGGCUAUUCUUUCUUCCAAAAAUCGUCGCUCAAAUCGUGAUGUAGUUUUGUUAAAGAUAGAAGAUUUUAAGAAUGCAAUUUCUGGUUUUACUCCUAUUUCUCUUCAAAAUGCAAAUUUACACAAACCAAAGAAAAUGACAUGGUGUGAUGUCGGUGGUUUGCAUGAAGUGCGUAAGCAACUGACUGAAAAACUCAUAUGGCCGCUAAAAUAUGCACAUUUGUACCAAACAGCAGGUAAGCAUUUGCAAUCUGGUAUAAUGCUGUACGGCCCUCCUGGUUGUGGAAAAACUUUACUCGCGGGAGUAGUCGCAAAUGAAUGCAAUUUGAAUUUUAUUUCUGUGAAGGGUCCUGAACUUUUGAGCAAAUAUAUUGGUGCAAGUGAAGCCGCUGUUAGAGAUUUAUUCAUGAGGGCAAGUGCUGCUGCACCAUGUAUUCUCUUCUUUGACGAAUUUGACUCAAUUGCACAAAAACGUGGGCACGAUAGUACUGGUGUAACAGAUCGUGUGGUCAAUCAAAUUUUAACUCACUUAGAUGGUGUUGAACCACUGUCUGGUGUUUAUGUGUUAGCUGCAACAAGCAGGCCAGAUUUGAUUGAUCCAGCUUUAUUGCGACCUGGUCGACUUGACACUCAUUUACAAUGCCCAAUGCCUGACUUUGAAGAAAGAUGUGACAUUUUGAAAUCAUUGCUUCAUAAGAUUACAUUGAAAGAUGAUGUAAAUAUUAGAGCGAUCGCAGCUCGCUGUAAAUAUUUCACAGGUGCGGAUUUACGUGCAUUGGUUUACGAUGCACAACUCAAUGCAAUACAUGGUUAUAGUACCAAUGAGCUAGAAAGUACUAUUAAAAUUGAAUCAACCGAGCCUUUUUCUUCCAUUUCACCUCCGAUUUCUUUGGGGGGAUUUGAAUUAGAUGAAGAAUACAGUAGUAAUGGAAUAAAAUCUUUACACCAUGACUUAAAAGAUGAAGAUAUGGAUUCAGAUUCAUCAACAGGCAUUCCUAAAGUCACUAUUUCAGAUUUCACAAAAACAGCGAAAAAUUUAGUCAAAUCUAUUGAAAAUGGCUCAACCAAUAAAACAAAUUCAAAGAGUAAUGAGUAUAAAAUUUGUUAUGGUUUAUCGUCACCAGAAUACAGCUCUAGUGACUUACACCAGUUAGAUGACCGAAGUUCUCACAGUAAAAAGUCUUCAAUGCGCGGAAUUUACUUCCCUUCUUUAUAUUCAAAAAUGGAGGAAGGUAAAUUACCUGAGCAGAUUCGUCAAAUUAUUGAAACAGUGUCAGAUCGCAAUUGUGAUGAAACGAAAAUAUCUUUUGAUGGAGCUGACUCUGAGCAAGGACAAAUUUCAAGGUUAGCAGUUUCGAAUCAAGAUAUCGAGAAUGCUUUGGAAUCUGCAGGUCCUUCUGUGUCAAGUACAGAGCGUCAGAAAUAUAUCGAAAUUUGCCAGAACUUUACUGGGAAAUCGUUGAAUAAUUUGGAAUCUAAUGAUACGGAUCUUCCAAAUUCGACUUUAUGGGAUUUGCGAAGACAACAAAGAGCAACAUUAGCGUAAUAAUUUUUUUAUUUGCUACAGUUCAACAGAGUAAUAUUGAAAUCUGAAAUAUUGGAUGUGUGCUAGAUUGUCCCAUGUUCAAAACUAAUAUAACCUUGUAUUGAAUUUGAUAAUACAGGAAUAUUAUGAUUUUAUAAAAUAAGACCAAUUUUUAAUAAAUAUAUUGACUUGGUUUGAUUCGUAACAUUGGUGCUUUUGUUGACUUUUACUCUAGAAUUCCGAUCAGUUAGUUAUUAAGAUACAGGCAUUUGUUGCAUAAGCAUGACAUUGUUGGUGCAUAUAUGACCAUACGUGAUUAUAAAAUAUUUUCUAGUUUAAAAUAAUCCAAUCUAUUGUCAUCUUUGUAAAAUUUGAAAAGAAAAGUCAAUUAAUUACAAACUUUUGAUUCUUGGCAAAUUGGUGCCAAUUUGAGUUUUGUUUGUAUUGAAUUAUUUUAUCAAAUGUUUAUGUCCUUAUUCUGCGAAUCAUUUGUACCUUAUUUGGUACUCCCAAAGUAUGUGAUCCAAGAUGGCAGACACCGGAAAGUAGCAUGUGUACCAGGUUAGAGUUGGACCAUAAUUUUAUUCCAAUUUUCCUUAUUACAUACUACGUUCCGGUGUUCGCCAUCUUGGUUCACAUACUUCGGGAGUACCCCUUUUUUAGUACCAAGUUCAAAUUUAUCAGUGAAAAUCAUACAUGUGCAUAAUUUUAUUCUCCUUCGUUAUUAAGUGUUGAUGUUAAGACUUUUUGAAUGAUCUAUUGUAAUCUUACUUCGAGCAGUUUCAUGCUGAAAAAUUUCAUAAUUUAUGCAAUCAUGUCUUUUUAUUAAGUUUGAAAAAAAUGAGUGGAUUAAUUUAUUAUAAUCAUAAUUUAUUCAUUUCUCUAUUUUAG